AUCAGCCUAUUCAGACAACAUCACCAACAGCUUGGUCUGUGCGCGUGUGUGUGUAUGGGGGCAGAGCAGAGAGUGAGAGACAGAGAGGCAGCGCACGAGAGAGAGCAACACGGAGAGCGAGAGAGAGAGAGAGAGAGAGAGAGAGAGAGCAGGGAAGGGGGAGGCUCCAUAUUCUUUCACCUACACCCCAUCAAACCACAGGAAGGAGGGGCCAGACCCUAAGCUGCCAAUCAAAUCCGCUCGUGGCAGCCGGCAUUAUCUCAGCAACAAACUAUUGACAGAUUACAUGUCAAGGAGUUUAGUGCAUGAUUGAAGGAAGCCUUUUUUAUCUAGUUACUUUUCCGCUUUAUUUACCCCUCAACCAACCAACAUUCGAAUGACUUUCUUACAAAGUUGAGUAAUAUUAUGAAAGUUACAUGUCUGAGAGGAUUUAACUUCGACUUCCCUGAAUAUGCUGAAAGGAGUUUAUGCACUGAAACGACCUCAGGAAAAUCCAAGAUGGCCGCCAAAAGGAAAGGUGGCCUAAAACUCAAUGCUAUCUGUGCCAAGCUGAGCCGCCAGGUGGUGUUCGACAGCAGCUCCCAGAAUGCAGAGGGAGACCAGAGUGUGGCAGAAAACAGCGAGCGUGGCAGUUCCCUCUACGAUGACAAUGAGACCAACUUCCCCGAGAGCCUGAGCCUAAAUCAGAGCCUAGAGGAGGACCAGAAGAGACGCGAGGCCAUCGAGAAGUGGGUCAACGGCGAGUAUGGCGAUGAGCCACCAGCUCCUGAGGAUGAACAGGAGCAUGAACUCAAAGUCAGCAAUGAUGAAGACAGCCCUCCUGAAGGUGUCUACAUGGUACAUCCCAAAGGCUGCAGUGACGACGAAGAGGAGGCCGAGCCCACGGCAGGGUCUCAUGAUAGCAGUUUCCAUAAUGACAAAGAACCUGAAGACAAGCCUUCGAAAGAUGUUACCUACAUGCAGCCAAGCGAGGCCCAGAGUCGCCAAGCACCUUUCUCCUCUCCAGGAGAAGCAUCUGCCCUGCGAGACUAUGCAGCCAACACCAUGAAUGAAUUUUUGGGAAUGUUCGGUUAUGAUGACCAGCAGGUAAGGGAUGAGCUGACCAAGAAGAUCAGCUUUGAGAAACUCAAAGCCGCUACCUCAGACCCCUCAUCCCUCAGCAGCGAGGAGGCCUCACGACGCGCCCGCUUCUCCAAGUACGAAGAGUACAUACGAAAGCUGAAAGCCGGUGAGACCCUACCCUGGCCCAUGCAUGCUUCCCCACCCAAACCAGAUGACCUCAACUCAAAACUGGCUCAAGAUAAGAGUGCUACUAUGCUCCAGACCCCUGGAUGCCUCCCAGGGGCCGAGGCACAGAUCUACCCUUCAAGCCUGGACCACAAACAGCCAGGAGGACCUCAGCUGGGCACCUCUCAGCCAGCAAAUCCCUCUCACAUUCAGAACCUGGCGUCCCGAGCCUCAAAGUAUGACUUCUUUAUUCAGAAGCUGAAGAUGGGUGAGAGUCUACAGCAGCAGAACGGCAAUGCUUACAAACGACCCUCCAAGUACGACUUGGAGAAUGUCAAAUUCCUGCACCUCUUCAAGCCUGGUGAGGGCAACCCUGACAUGGGCGGUGCCAUCGCCUUUAAAACUGGCAAAGUGGGCCGUCCUUCGAAGUAUGACAUCAGAACAAUUCAGAAGCUGAUGCCAGGUACACCAGAGGCCUCACUGAUGCCCAAUGUCCUCGCAACAGCACCCGGAAACCCAGGAGCUCCUGGAGUUCCAACUGUAGGUGCAGCUGGGGCCAGCAUCGCCCCAGGGCUCACAAUGGACCAGACUGGACACUUAAGCUUCAACGCCUCUGACUACCUGAAGUCCAGCUUUUCCAAGACUGACUCCAUCACCACUGGCACUGUGUCCUCUGUGAAGAAUGGCCUGCCACCAGAUAAACCCCCCAGCGACGACAUCAACCUCUACCAGAAAUAUAUUGCCAGGUUCUCUGGGAGUCAACACUGUGGACAUGUGCACUGUGCGUACCAGUACAGAGAGCAUUACCACUGCAUGGACCCUGAGUGUAACUACCAGGUGAGCAGGUUUACCAGUAAGCAAGAUGUUAUCAGGCACUACAACAUGCACAAGAAGAGGGACAACUCUCUGCAGCAUGGCUUCAUGCGCUUCAGCCCUCUGGAUGACUGCAGUGUCUACUACCAUGGCUGCCACCUCAAUGGAAAAAGCACCCAUUACCACUGCAUGCAGGUGGGCUGCAGCAAAGUGUACACCAGCACCUCAGAUGUCAUGACUCAUGAAAACUUCCAUAAAAAGAAUGCCCAGCUGAUCAACGAUGGCUUCCAGAGAUUUCGUGCCACUGAGGACUGCGGCACAGUCGGUUGUCAGUUCUACGGGCAGAAGACUACACACUUCCACUGCAGGCGUCCAGGCUGCACAUUCACUUUCAAGAACAAGUGUGACAUUGAGAAGCACAAGAGCUACCACAUCAAGGAUGAUGCCUACGCCAAAGAUGGCUUCAAGAAGUUCUAUAAGUAUGAGGAGUGCAAGUACGAAGGCUGCGUGUACAGCAAAGCAACCAACCACUUCCACUGCAUCCGCUCCGGCUGCGGCUUUACCUUUACCUCCACUAGCCAGAUGACCUCCCACAAGCGUAAACACGAACGCCGUCACAUCCGCUCCUCCAGUGUUAUGGGCCUCUCCUCCGCCUACCUGGCACCAAAGGAUGAGCAAGAGGAGUCAAGCAACGAUGACCUGAUGGACUUCUCAGCCAUCAGCAGCAAGAACUCCAGCCUGAGUGCCUCGCCUACGACCCAGCAGUCCACCACUGUGCCGCACCUUUUGGCCACACCCACCACCACAGUCUCCUCCUCAUCUGGUCAUGCCCUCAAACCUGCACCCUCGCUGCCCAGUGCAGGCCAGCGUAUGUCCACCCUGCUGUCCCAGGCUCUGCCCAGCAACAUGCCUGUGGCCCUUGCUCUUUCCAACAGUGCCCUGGCCUCUUCCAACCCGUUCUUCUCCCUCAUGCCCAGGCUGCCUCUCCAACCACAUCUGCCAGCCGCUAGUCUGAUUUCAGCUGUAUCUUCUGGAACCCACUCCAUGCCAACUGAUUCACUGACCCAGGGGUGUUCCACACCGAUGUCAGAUGGAGUCAUGACAUCUACCCCGACCUCCUUCACCACCUCCUCCAUCAUGGAGAAGAUCUCGGCAAGCAAAGGUCUGAUCUCGCCCAUGAUGGCCAGACUGGCAGCUGCUGCCCUGAAGCCCUCCAAUAACCCAGACAUAGGGAAUGGGCAGCUGACUUCAUCCAGCCAGUUCAAUCUGGUUCAAGUGAAGCAGGAGCCUGUGGACAUCAACUCUGGGGCCUCCCAAGACUCAACGCAGGAACAUAGCCUGGACCUGAGCAAAAAAGACCACAGUAAUGAAUCAAACGGACACCCUGUACCAGGGAAUACAUCUCUUUUAUCCUCGCUUAUGAAUAAGAUGUCACAGGUGAACCCUGCCCUGUUCAACGCCAUGAACCUGAAGGCAGAGCUGGAGGUGAGCCAGGGCAGCAGCAACCCAGAAGCUGCACAGUAUCUGCACAGUGUACUGAAGAGGCCCAUGGCGGAAAAACACACUGAGAUCUGGAGAAAAUACCUCCGCAGGUUUGACACUGAUGACUUCUGUGAGGCUCAGUGUGACUUCCUUCAGAAAGUACACUUUCACUGCCUGGUUGAGGACUGUGGUGCACUCUUCAGUACUGUGGAUGGGGCAAUAAAACAUGCCAACUUCCACCUCCGAGCCACCUUGAAAGUGAAGUCUGAGCCUCAGUUUGGUGAGGGAAAGGACUCCAGUGAUGGAGCCUCGCUGCAGCCUGCUGCUCCUGUCUCUAUUGCCAACAAUCCCUCCAUGGAUGUUGCGCACCUCACCUCCUCUGGUGGCUACAGCUCUCCUCCUCCCUCCCUGCUGGCCUGGAAGCAGCUGACCGGCAGCAUCCCACAGAUGCCAGCCUCGAUGCCUAACCUGCCAGCUAACUCCCCUCUUGCUACCACUUCUCUGGAGAAUGCGAAGCCACAAGUCAAACCUGGUUUCCUGCAAUUCCAGGAAAAUGAUCCCUGUUUGGCUACUGACUGUAAGUACUCAAACAAGUUCCACUUCCACUGCUUGUUUGGGAAUUGCAAGUAUGUGUGCAAAACAUCUGGCAAGGCAGAGUCCCACUGUUUGGACCACAUCAACCCCAACAACAAUCUGGUCAAUGUCCGCGACCAGUUUUCCUACUACUCUCUCCAGUGUCUGUGUCCCAACCAGCACUGUGAGUUCAGAAUGAGGGGCCACUAUCACUGUCUGCGGCCAGGCUGCUACUUUGUCACUAACAUCACCACCAAGCUGCCGUGGCAUGUCAAGAAGCAUGAGAAAGCAGAGCGUCGCGCUGCCAAUGGCUUCAAAUAUUUCACCAAGAGGGAGGAAUGUGGGAGACUGGGUUGUAAAUAUAACCAAGUCAACAGCCACUUCCACUGCAUCCGUGAAGGUUGCCAGUUCUCCUUCCUGCUAAAGCACCAAAUGACCUCACAUGCUCGCAAACACAUGAGGCGGAUGCUGGGGAAGAACUUUGACAGAGUUCCAUCCCAGAUGAUGUCACACGGUCAGAGGGCAGAUGAGAUGCAGCAUGUAUCCGGCAUGAUGUCUGGACAUUUAGGAAACCAGUCUGGCAUCAACUCCGGCUUCUCCUCAUCCAUGAUGGAUGAAACUGACGAUUACAUGGACUACAUGGGAGGAGGUGGCAGCCCCCUGGGCCUCUCUUCUGAAUCCUCCAACCAGGACCGGAGCUGCACCAGCACCCCUGUAGGUCCUGAUGGUUCCCCAGCAGGACUAGGCUACCCUGCCACCUCUUCUGCUCCUACCACCCCUGCUGACACUAGCGCUUCCCAAAAUGCACUUCCUUCUUCCCCUCCUCCUCUACCGCCUCCUCCUCCUCACUCUGCUCCUCAGCCUGGCCUCCAGUCCCAGGCCACAUCCCUCUCUCCUGCUCUUCUCCGACCUCCUCUCUCCUCACUCCCAUACCUCCUCUCUCCAUCCUGUCUGUCAUACUCUCUGCUCAGCGCCUCUCUGGGAGCCACUCGGAGUGUUGUCAUGCCAACCAACACACCAGCUUUCAGCCCCAUCAUUGCCACUCCGUCUCCAGUUAAAAAUGACGUCCCUAUAGUACAGGAUGCUGCAGGCAACACCAUCUCCAUUCCCACUGCCACCGGUUCAAAGAAGCGCUUCUGGAUCAUCGAAGACAUGUCGCCAUUCGGCAAACGCCGCAAGACCGCAUCUUCCCGUAAGAUGCUCGAUGAGGGUAUGAUGCUGGAGGGCUUCAGGCGCUAUGACCUCUACGAGAACUGCAAGGACCCAGGCUGCCAGUUUUCUCUGAAGGUGACCCAUUACCACUGCACCCGUGAAAACUGCGGCUACAAGUUCUGCGGCCGCACCCACAUGUACAAGCACGCGCAGCACCACGACCGUGUGGACAACCUAGUUCUGGAUGACUUCAAACGCUUUAAAUCGUCCCUCAGCUGCAACUUCUCCGACUGCCAGUUUUCAGGCAACAGCACCCACUUCCACUGCCUGCGCUGCGGCUUCCGCUGUACCGACAGCACCAAAGUGACGGCCCACCGCAAGCACCACGGCAAGCAAGAUGUGAUCAGCGCCGCGGGCUUCUGCCAGUUCAGCUCCAGUGUGGAUUGCACGGUUCCUGACUGCAAAUACAAGCUCAAGUGCUCCCACUUUCACUGCACCUUCCCAGAGUGUAAGCACACAGUGGUCGGCAUGUCCCAGAUGGACUCCCACAAGAGGAAGCAUGAAAAGCAGGAGCGCGGUGAACUGCCGUCUGUGUCACCAAAACAGGAAGUGUUGCACCACCUGGGUGGAGGUGUGUCAGCAAUCCCUCAAGUCCCUGUGGGUCUCUCUACAUCCUCACCUGGAGGCAUUCAUGGGUUGUCACACACCAUCAACAGCAACACUCGCUCAAUGCUCUACCCAACAGGUGGAAUGGGUUCUGAGUACAACCACCCGUACCCGCCCUCCUCCAUCAGCCUGGACAGCUCCCUAAACCUGGGCACAGAUACCAGCAGCUCCCUGUUCUUCCUGAAGAACGCAGCCGGUCUGGGUCUCAGCGACUCUCUAGACCUCAGCAAGAAGAUACACCUGGAGACAGAGCGCGAUGGCCACAACCCUGGGAACCUGCUGGGUCUGUCAACAGCUCAGGACGACACCACGGGAACGUCCGGAGAGGCUGAAGAUGACCUGUCGCCAGAGGAGGAGGCGCACGCAGAGGAGGAGGAUGAAGAAGAAGAGGAGGAGGAGGAGGCAGAGGAGGAGCAAAACUCUGACUCAAAUGAUGAUUCAAUGGCAGAGCCCGAUGGUGAAAAGAACAAUGGCGAGAGUUUUGAUGCUUCCGUUAACCACACUGAUUCUUCCCAACUGGAAAAGCAUGACGCUGACCCAUGAGAAAAAAAACUAAGUGAGACUGUAGGAACUGAAGAGGAAGCCUAUGUUCUAUGAACAAACAAUGAAAGUGGCCUCAUUUAUCAUGUUUAGAGACUACAUAUGACAACAAAAAAACAACAGUGUGGAGAAAAUGAUGGCCUAAAAUGAUUUAUGAUGAUGUUUACAAGAUGACCAACAUUGUUAAUUCAAUUAUGCAUUAAAAAAAAAAAAUAUGAACAGA